ACAGCCGUGGCGGAAGUGACGCGUCGACGGGGAGGAGGCGAGAGAGGGAGGAAGGAAAGGCUCUCCAGCUGUGGGGAGAAUGUCUGGGGGGUUGUCCGGGUCCGAGGCCGCCCCGCUCCCCCCGGGCUUCGCCAAGAGGAUUUUGGUGACCGGCGGCGCGGGCUUCAUGUAAAUUCCCGCCUGGGUUGGGGUUUUUUUUUUGGGGGGGGGCUUUUAGGAAGCCUGAAAGGGGCAAAAAGCGCAUUGAAUAUGAUGGGGUGGGCUUACUCCUGAGUAAAGGUGCCUAGAGUUUUGUGUGUGUGUGUGUGUUUAAAAAACCAAAAACUUUUGGCCUGCUUUCUCUGCCAGCGUGCCUUUCAAGCAGCCUUGCGAAAUUUAGAUUGCAUAAAUUACCGGAAUACCACUUCCUUAAAAAUAAUUUAAAAAAAGAAAGCUUGCAAAAAUAGGUUUUCGUAUAACUCCUCUCUACCUGGUGAGCUGCAGGGUAGUUCUUUACCUGUUAAGAUUUCCUUCUCAGAAAAUAUGGGCCUGGAAAGAGAGAAAGGUUUCUUAUGUUUCUUCUUCAUUGAAGUUCUUUACAACGAAAAAACAAACUUGCUUGUGUUUCCUACUUAAGAAAAAGAGAGGAAAGCAAUAGGUUUUAGUAUAACUCCUCUACUUGGUUAGCUGCAGGGUAGUUCUUUACCUACUAAGCUUUCCUUCUCUGAAAAUAUGGGCUUGGAAAGAAAGGUGUCUUAUCCUUCUCCAUUGAAGUUCUUUACAAAACAAAAACAAAAACUUGCUUGUGUUUGCUACUUAAGAAAAAGAGAGGAAAGCAAUAGGUUUUAGUAUAGUUCCUCUACCUGGUGAGCUGCAGGGUAGUUCUUUACCUACCAUUCGUGAUUUGGCUUGUGUCCGCUUACAGGGUUGGGGUGAAUUUGGGGCAAGGGUUUAAAGGCCUUAAGCUUACCUUCUCAGAAAAUACGGGUUUGAAAAGAGAGAAAGGUGUCUUAUGCUUCUUCUGCAUUGACAUUCAUUCAUGAGGCCCAUGUCAUGUUUUCCAUGACUGUAAAAAUAAAGAAAUCCUAAUAUGUAUGACUGGAAAGGGUGUCACUUAUUUCUUGAUGCCCCUAAUAAAGGGGUGGGAAGUUCAAACUAUUUGGAGGUGGGUAGGUAAGUUGCUUAUUUGCCAGAAGCUUUUUAUGUUUUUGUUUCUUAAAGAAAACCACAGUUGCUUCUUAAAGAAAACAAUAUUUUGGAUUAUUCUGAAAAAAGUUUACAAACAAAUAUUCUAAGAGCUCCACAAGUGAAUAUAUUUUCCACUGAGAUUUGCUUCUCUGUUCAGGCUUAUUUCUUGAGAGACAGUUCGUGAGACAUUGCCACAAGACUCUUUUGCGGUGUACCAGACUUAGUGACAGAAAAAGCAAUCUGACCAUAGCAGCAGAAACAAGGGAGCAGCAUGGGACUGGUACAUGUGUGUACGUGUUUUGGAAAUGCAUCUGAAAUCAAUGCAGUUUAAAUUUGAAAUAUGUUGAUUUUUUGUUUUUUCUUCAAAACCUGCAGUGCAUCUCAUGUAGUGGUUUCCCUCGUAGAGAAGCAUCCAAACUAUAUGAUUAUUAAUCUUGAUAAGGUAAGACCCUUUUGCUUAAAUAAACAUAAACUAGCAAACCAACAUAUACUUGACAGGCAAUCAGUGACUGCAUGCAAGAUUUCAGGUCUUGAUUUUAAAGUAAGCCAUUACCAUGGAACUCAUAAGCAUGUGCUGCCAUGGUGAAUUUUGAUCUGGAAGGCCAGUGUCUUGCAAAAUACUCUAUUUACUUAGCUCUGGAGAUAAACAACAGUAAAUGAGAUCUGAAUGUUUGCAACUAUGCUACUUUAAUCCAAAUAGUCAUGUUCUAAGGGAGAAAUCUCAUGCAGAAGAAGCUGAUGUAAAGUGAGCUAGUGUAAAUUAAGGUGGCCUAAGCUUACACCAGAUCCAAACCAUGUUCAGCAGUUGCUUUGUUCUGUAUAAUAAAAAUAUUCAUUCAAACCUCCUCAGUACAUCUCCUUGUUCUUAUAUAAAUUGAAGGAUCACUCGGAGUAUAGAUUAGAGAUAGCACUUAAGGUUUAUUCAUAUGUUACAUAUUAUACUCGGUAACAGAUUCUAAACGAUGAAGUUCAGUGCAUUGUCAUUAAUGAAGGGAAAAAAAACUUAUCAUCCUUCACAGCUUACUGUUACUGACUUCCACACUGUUUCUUUUUGUAAUCCUGGCUUUUGGUCUUCUCAUUGACCAGUUCUGUGUGUCUUGCACAUUUAUCCAUGUAAAUAAAAAAUUAAACUCUUCCUUGGAAGGGUUUAUAAUGAAAAUACAGUCUCUAUAUCUCCUUCAGAUAUUAACUCUGCAGACCAAGGAGUUGUCAUUAAACAUAUACUUGCUUUCAUUAUACUUUUUCUCUCUCUUAAGAAUUCAUUUUCUUGACAUUUUUGUAAUUGAUAUGUGGAUGUGAUGAUUUUCAUUUAUUUCAUACCAAGACACACCUGAGUUUAAUUAAAAGGGUUGAUUUGUAUGAGUCCCAAGAUACAGAGAAGGUGGGUUGGAAGAGAAUGCGAUGAGAAAAAAUGAAGAAGCAGAAGUUUGACUCUAGAAAUAAAACUUCUCUGUUAUUUUCUUUUUUUGCUGUUAAGCUGGACUAUUGUGCAAGCUUAAAAAAUCUUGAGAGAGUUUCUGAGAGACAGAACUACAAGUUUAUCCAGGUAAACUAGAUCUUUUUUGGGGGGGGGUAAUUCAUUUUUAUUUUAAAAACCACCUACAAUAUAAAGGAUGCAUACCUGUGCAGACUUACCUGAGCUUAAGUCUUGUUAACUGACAUGGAACUGGUAGCUUUUUCUUUUCUUUGUUACUGAAUAUUUCACUGUGUUCACUGAAGUUAGAACUGACUGGAGCAUCCCUCCGCAGAGCUUUGUGAAGUGAAAAUAUUAAACUUUCUGCAACAGGUGUAAAAUUUGGUGUAGUUGAAGAGUUUUGGGCAUACAUAACCAAAGCUGAUGUUGACUACUAAUUUUAUACUUUUCAUCUUUUAUAGGGGGAUAUCUGUGAACCCAAUUUUGUAAAAGCAUUAUUUGAGGCUGAGAAAUUUGAUAUAGUGCUACAUUUUGCAGCUCAAACACAUGUAGGUGAGCAUUGCAUGUCACUACAAUAAUCUACUACUAGUAGUAGCUUCCCGUUUUUGCGCGAGGGGCAGAGGAUACUGCUUAUGCUGGCACUGCUAACAUAGCUGGACAUCUAUCUUGCUGAACCUCCUGGUGACAAUGUGCAUAAAUUGCUAUGUUUUACUGUUUUGCCAUUGUGUCCCUUGAUUCAUCAUUGCUUAAACUUUUGACAUCAGGUGUUAACUAUGCUGCUGCUGUGAGUGGCACAGAACAUCUGGCCCAUGGACCUGAUUAAUGUCUUUAAUAGGAGCUGCUCAGAGUGGCUGGGGAAACCCAGCCAGAUGGGUGGGGUAUAAAUAGUAAAAUUAUUAUUGUUAUUAUUAGGCCCCGUAGGGAUCAGCCUGCAGUAGCAGUAGCUGCUGAGUGGAGUUUGGGUCUGAUGGAACUUUAUCAUGGCUUAAUACUGGCUUGCUUUAUACCAGCUUCUUGUGUGUAGGACUGCUCUCUUAAGAGUAGUUUUGUUCUACUGCAUAUGGAGACAACAUUUUUUCUUUUACUUGAGUUCAUGUUGUAGGUCUGAAGGUCCCCCAGAGAUCAUGGCCUUCAGGCUUUUUUUGGUACCACGUUUGACGUACAUUUCUCUUUAUUAUUUUGUCUCAAAACUUAGAUCUUUCUUUCUGGCAUAAGCUUGAAUUCAACUAUGUCAACGUUUAUGGAACUUGCAUUCUGGUUGGUGCUGCUUAUGAGGCUAAUGUGGAGAAGUUCAUAUAUGUCAGUACUGAUGAAGUUUAUGGGGGAAGCUACAACAAGGUGAGCUUGAAUUAAAUGAGUUUCUUACAUCUCUUACCUUCAUGUUUGUCUCUUGGGUGAAUUAAACAGGCCUUGAUCUUGCAAUGACCAGUAAGUGGAGACUGUUAGCUUUGUUCAACUAGUACCACUUUACUUCCCAUGACCAACCAAUAAAAAUAGACAAACAUUAGGAACUGAGCCUCUCUUGUUUCCAACUUAGUAAGCAUAUUGUUUUAACAUUUACACCAGUGUUCGGCCACUUGAAAAUAACCAAAAGAUAAUGAUCAUCUUACACAGAAGGAAUGUCCUGGUACAAAUUUGACCUAAAGCGUUGUUGAUUCUGCUGUCUUUAAAGGAUGCAAGAGUUUUUGUUAGUACUUUGGUAUUUUAGGAUUGCUGUGCAAGUAAAUGCUUUUUUUUCAGUAAGAGGAUGGAACAUGAAACCUCACUUGUCAUGGAGCAAGAGUAAAAUAUUAAUUACUGGUAAAGGUAGUCAGAGUUGAAUUUAGGAGAACACUUUGGGCAGGGUGGUUUCCUUAUACUAUAUAGGUAGACAGGAUCACUCUCCCUUUUUCCAUGAUUUCAGCUGCAUCUGCUAGGAAAAGGAUCAGGCCCUCUGGGGUAUCUUGCAGCACAAUCCUAACCAACAUCUACUCAGAAGCAGUGGCGUAGCGUGGGGGGUGCAGGGGGGGGCCGGCCGCACCGGGCACAACAUCUGAGCUCGCACUCGCAGCUCUCUGCCCCUACCUGGCUCACUCACUCUCUCUCACUGCAGUGCUGGCUGUGCGAAUCCGAUCCGAGCCGCUGGGUCGCCGCCCACUGUGGGGGUGUGUGCCAGGCGUGCGGUGCGGAGAGAGAGCGAGGGACUAUCUGGGGGAGGGACAGUGCAGCGGCCGCCCAGCGCAGCGCUGAGCGCGGGAGAGAACCACACCAGACCAGACCAGGCAGCAGCAAGAAGAAGCUGGCAGCGGCGGCAGGUUAGGGGGCGCAAAUUACUUGCCUUGCCCCGGGUUAAGGGGCGCAAAUUACUUGCCUUGCCCCGGGUGCUGACAACCCACGCUACGCCGCUGCUCAGAAGUAAGCCCUAUUGAAUUCAGCAGGGCUUACUUCUAGGUAAGUGGGUUAGUAUUUUAUCCUUAUGUGCUUAGCUGGGGGUAGAUUUUUCUUAGCACUACUGCUAAUUAGAGAGUGGAAGUAUUAUUUGGGUAUGAUGUUAGAUAACUAGCAAUGAGAAAGAUUCAGGUAGGUAGCCUUGUUGGUCUGAUGCAGUUGAAAUAAAUAAAAUUUUAAAAAUUAUUUUUUUUAAAAAAUAAAAAAAUAGUCUAGUAGCACAUUAGAGACCAACUAAGUUUGUUCUAGGUAUGAGCUUUCGUGUGCAAGCACACUUCUUCAGGUACUCUUCAUGCACACAAAAGCUUAUACCUAGAACAAACUUAGUUGGUCUCUAAGGUGCUACUAGACUAUUUUUUAAAUUUAUUAGCAAUGAGAAAAACCUCUUAAAUUUUUUCACUCCGUAUAUAGCAUUUUGUGUUUAUUCCAAAGUGGUGGAGGUGUUUUUUUAAUUUACUACAUGUUUUUGGCAAGCUUGCACUGCUUAUUUGUGUUAACUCAAACCAAAAAAGGAAAGGUGUCUAAAGUAACAAUUUGCAUGCAAUUCCACAACUAUCUUAAACAUUACUGUUGGUAUAUAAAUGUAGAAUUUAGUAUUGUGCAACCAUUAGCCAAACUGAACAACGUUUCUAUGAAUUAUUGCUACAAUAGUAACUUAAUGUUUUUACUUUCGAGCUUAUCCUCAAUCACUAGUCUAGUUUGUAGACUAAUUAAGCCAUGAAUUACUGUUUCCUGAAAACACUGGCAAAUGACAUAACUGUGGUUUAUUUAUUACCAAGAAACCAGAAUAUAAAGUUAUGAUUUGUCACUGGCUUACGAACCCUGCUUUGUUUUACCAAUGACUUGCUCUUAAUGUGUGAGUCUAGUACCCUUCCUUAACCAUAGUUUGUUUGGUUGCUUAACCCCAGAUGCUCACUAAGCUACAAAGACACAAGGCUAGUGUUAAAAAAAUCCCAAACAGUGGAGGAACAAGCUGUUCUCUGCUGCUUUAUCAGGCAGCUCAUGGUUAAUUUGAGGUUUGUUAAAUAAGCCAUAGUUUAGCAUUAUGUGAGAAUCGGACCAUUAACAAGAGUCAUUUUAAGCUGGCUUGUAAAUCAAUAUAAAUUCUUUUUAAGACUUUGAAUGUCUGGCAUGUAAAAAAAUUGUUCUAGGAAUUUGAUGAAUCCUCAUCUAAAAAACCGUCAAAUCCUUAUGCAGCUUCUAAGGCGGCAGCUGAAUGCAUUGUCCAGUCAUAUUGGGAAAGAUACCAGGUAAGCAGAAAUGAAACUUGAUAUUUUAGGUACUAUUAUUAAUUAUUUGGAUUUCUGAACAUGGUCCAUAUGCCCAAACAUGUUUUGGACACAGCAGAAAUGCACAACAACCCACACUGAGGUUAAAGAAGUUACCACCGCAAACUAUAUACGUUUAGUCAGAAGUCAAUUUCAUUAUGUUCAAUGGGCUAGCCAAUGUUGUGUCCUCCAGAUACGAUGGGACUACAACUCACAUCAUUCCUCACCAUUGGCCAUGCUGGCUAGGGCUGAUGGGAGCUGGAGGACACAAUAUUGGCUACCCCUGCUAUGCUGGUACUAGCGAGUUUUAAAAUACAUAGUAGAUUUCCAGUAUAAAAUAUGGUAGUUAUAUUUUUGCCGUGGGCUUACUUACAACAAAAAAUGAACAUUUAAAAACUUGAUAUGUAACCUGCUAAACUUGCUAUGCUUGUUUGUGGUUUUCUGUGAAAUGCUGCACCACAGGUAUCAAUUUCCUGAUAACGUCUGGCUUUUCCCUCUUUCGAGAAUAUCUGUUUAGCCUCUGACUCCAAAGCCCAGCCUUUAAGACAGGCAUCCCCAAACUCGGCCCUCCAGAUGUUUUGGAACUACAAUUCCCAUCACCUCUGACCACUGGUCCUGUUAGUUACGGAUGAUGGGAGUUGUAGUCCCAAAAUAUCUGGAGGGCCGAGUUUGGGGGUGCCUGCUUUAAGAGAAGUGAAGCAUGUCCCAGAGUCCCCUUUCUGCUGCUCCAUAUUGGAAGCAAGGAAUACUUUAAAAUAGAACACCACUGAUUACUCUUGUGGGCCUGGUGGCCACGUGGCACGAUGUAUAGGUAUGCUUGUCAAGGAGCAAGAUUUUUUUAGUUUGUGUACGUGGUGAUAAGCCCAGGCUUGCCAUUGUAUAACAUGCAGUUGGGCCCAAAGUCCUAUCCCAAAAGGGUAUUAUUUUGAUCUUAGCUGAUAUUCUUCAGAGCUGUGAAAAGUGCACCACUUACUGCUUCUUCUGUUUAUGGAAGAAGGCAUUGGUUUGUAUCUUUACUAGUCCCCUGCAAACAGAAGGCCUUGUUGCAUUUGCAGAGGGAGCUGUGAGGCUAGGACAUGAUUUUUUCAUUUCAUUUCACUUCACUUUUAAUUUGUAUACAGUGGUACCUCGGGUUAAGUACUUAAUUGGUUCCGGAGGUCCGUUCUUAACCUGAAACUAUUCUUAAACCUGAAGCACCACUUUAGCUAAUGGGGCCUCCUGCCGCCGCGCCACCAGAGCACGAUUUCUGUUCUCAUCCUGAAGCAAAGUUCUUAACCCGAGGUACUAUUUCUGGGUUAGCGGAGUCUGUAAACUGAAGCGUAUAUAACCUGAAGCGUAUGUAACCCGAGGCACCACUUUACAGUCUUUGUAUUUUACAAUACCCAAGGUGGUUUGCAAGCUGAAGAAACAAAGAAUGUACACCUUAUAACAAUCUAAUCCAAUUCAAAAAUGUGAUAAUAAAACAUAACUUUAAAAUAAGCAACUUAUAUCAAACAAAGUAAUGUACAACAAUCCAUUAGAAUACUAUAGAGUAAUAUUAAAUAUCAGCAUGUAAAAAAUUAAACAGAAAUCCACUCUUAACAAUUACAAUAAAUAAUUUCUAAACUAUAAUCAAUAAAACAUUGGCAAAUCACAGUGCAUAAAAUAAUACAAUACAAACUGAGAAGCAGAGACUGGCGGGUGGGGCAAGGCAGAUGAAAGAAGGCCUUGCCUGAUGAAGUCUCUCCCCUCACAUGAUGUUUCUCAUGCUGCUUGGGAGGAUAUACUAACACCCUAGAGCAGGUUUCACAGGGGGAAAUCAGCUGGGUGGUGGGAGGAAGGGGAGAUGCCCCCCACCAGCAGAACCUGAGUUAGGAUCUAAGCCAUCGCAAGCUUUUUUAUGGCUGUUCUCCUUGAAUUUGUGCUGGCACACUCAUAGUAUAUCCUUUAAAGUUUCCAGUGGUUAUCACGCGGAGCAGCAAUGUUUAUGGACCCCAUCAGUUUCCAGAAAAAGUAAGUGAGACGAAGGCAUUUCUUUUAUCAAACAAACCCUUUGUGAGCCCUCAGUUAACAAGUCACAGUACUUUACCAAGCAUUUAUUACGUGGUCUCUGUUCUGUAGAAUUACUGCUUAUUAAUGUGCAUGCCGUCAAAUAUUAAGAGUUGGCCAUUCAUCUAGCUAGGGAUUUUAGCAUGUGUAAAUAGGCUUCCAUGCAAAUAGUAAAUCUCAGCCAGGUGAGGAACCAUGCAUGUAGCUAAGUGCUACCCGUCCAGUUCACCUCUCCGAUCCAGCAGCCAAAAUUGUGUGUGCAGAACCCAUAAUUGAAAACAUUUUGGCUUUUAAUUGGCUGUUUAGCAGGUGGAGCAGGUUGUGGUUUCAGCCCCUUACCUUUAAAAAAAGAAGGCACUGCUACAAGUGAUUGGUGGUCUUUAUUACUGUCCGUUGCUAGAAUUAAAUAUGUUCUCACACAAAUAUUUCAAACAAGCUGAAAGGUUUAUCAUUCUCUUUAAGUAGCCUGGAUUAACAAUUGCUGCCUAUUUUUAAUGUUUCUUAGGUUAUUCCAAAGUUCAUUUCUCGCUUGCAGCAGAACAGAAAAUGGUAUGUAUCACAGUCAUAUUCGGUCCCCCUGCCCCUUCUGUUAUAAGUGUAUGGCAAGCUAAGUCAGUCACAUGCACCCUUGAAAUUGAACACCCCGUGCUAAAAUCAGUCCGGACAGUAAAAUGGGUCACGUUUUGAGACCGCACUGCCCUGGGACAAAACCUGCAUGCACAACUGCUUUUAAUCAACAACAAUAGGUAUAUGGUUUCUUAAUACUCUGUCCCACCACAGGAGGUCAUAGAUGGGCAUAGCAGAGUCACUGUUUCAUGCUUUUCGCUAAUUUAAAACCUUGCUGAAGAGAAUGUAUAAUGCUGGGGUAAAGAAGAUUUGUUUUCUUGGUCUUGUAGUUUCUCAUUGACAUGGAUUUACACCUGUUAUAUGUUUUAACACUGCUAGGACACACUCUGUAGUGUAAAGUCUGACACAGGGUGCAGUGCAACAGCCACUUUUCUGUAAUUCUUUGUAACUUGCUGUGUGUGCCACCAGAUUUAUUGCCAUUGUGAAGAAUUAGCAUGAAUGGAGGUUGUGUUUUGUUAUCACAUACUUUGCCCUUUGUAAGCAGUUUAUAAUUUUGCAAACCUGGCUGGAAUGUUAAAAUAGCGUUUGAAAGCAAUGCUAAAUGUAUGCACUGUCUUACUUGCUUGUAGCUGUAUUCAUGGCUCAGGACUUCAGAGAAGAAAUUUUCUUUAUGCCAGUGACGUAGCCGAAGCAUUUCUUACUGUUAUGAAGAAGGGGCAGCCAGGGGAAAUCUACAACAUUGGGACCAGCUUUGAGAUGUCGAUUGCACAACUUGCAAAGGAAUUAAUCCAUCUAGUGAGUAACAAACAGUGUUGGAAAUUGGUGGCUUAGUAGCAAUAAAUACUGACUAGGACAAAUGAACUCUAUUGAUACAUUUCAGUAAAUGACUCUGUAAGAUGUGUGUGUGCAGAUACAUUUGGAAAUGGGGGAGCAUGUGCAAAGUUUUAUUUUACUAACCAGUGGGGUCUGUUUGCUCUGCCUUUGAUCCUGUGUUGACAAAUUCAUUUCCAUCAUAUUUCAGGAAGGCUCUCUGCUUUUGGUUUUUUUGUUUAUUUUCUAGCACUCGCAUGCUUAUAUGUUUAAACAUUUGACUUAACCUCUUUUUGCCUAUACAGUGGUACCUCAGGUUACAUAUGCUUCAGGUUACAUACGCUUCAGGUUAAAGACUCCGCUAACCCAAAAAUAGUGCUUCAGGUUAAGAACUUUGCUUCAGGAUGAGAACAGAAAUCGUGCUCCGGCAGCGCGGCGGCAGCAGGAGGCCCCAUUAGCUAAAGUGGUGCUUCAGGUUAAGAACAGUUUCAGGUUAAGAACGGACCUCCGGAACGAAUUAAGUACUUAACCUGAGGUACCACUGUAACUAUUAUUAUUAUUGCUGUUAUUAAAUUUGUAUGCUGCCCUUCAUCCAAAGAUCCCAUAGUGUUUCACAACAUAAAAUACAAAAUGAGAACACAAAAUACAUAAUAAAAACAAAAACAAGCCAAUAAUCACCUCCCACAACACUUGGAAAACUUCAAUGACAAGAAAAGUGGCUUCAUUAUUGAAGCUAGAGAAAUCAGUUAGGCUUUCAUAGAGGAAGGUUGAUAGGGUAGAAUCAUAGAAUUGUACAGUUGGAAGGGAUCUGAGGGUCAUCUAGUUCAGCUCCCUGCUAUGCAGGAAUCUCAGCUAAAUAAUCCGUGGCAGAUGGUCAUCCAACCUCUGCUUAAAAACCUUCCAGGAAGAAGGGUCAACCCCUUUCCAUGAGAAGCCGUUCCACUGUCGAAGAGCUCUUAACGUCAGAAAGUUCUUUCUGAUGUUUCACCAGAAUCUCCUUGUAACUUGAAGCCAUUGGUUCAGGUGUUACCCUCUAGAGGAGGAGAGAACAAGCUUUCUCCACCUUUCGUGUGACAGCCCCCAAUCCAUUUUCUGCUCAAACCAGCCCCCCCCCCCCAAAGUUCAGUCCAGGGAAGAAUGUGGCUUACCUAAUUACAGCAGACUUCCUACGGUGGGCUCCUCACUGAAAUGUUGUGUUUAUGGAUGUACCCAUUAAUUCCAUUAGAGUCUCCCUUUCCAACACUUUCAGGUAUCACCAAUUACAGUGGUACCUUGGGUUACAUAUGCUUCAGGUUACAUACACUUCAAGUUACAGACUCCGCUAACCCAAAAAUAGUACCUCGGGUUAAGAAUUUUGCUUCAGGAUGAGAACAGAAAUUGUGCUCUGGUGGCGCGGCGGCAGCAGGAGGCCCCAUUAGCUAAAGUGGCGCUUUAGGUUAAGAGGUUUCAGGUUAAGAACGGACCUCCGGAACGAAUUAAGUACUUAACCCAAGGUACUACUGUAUAUAAGAACGCGCCAGUUCUUCUUUUUCUUCUCUUUAAGUGAUUCAAGGUAGUUCCAUACAAACUACUAGGGCAAAUCCUCACCACUUAUCUGCAUGGCUUCACGCUUUUAUAUUAUGGUCAAUAUUGCAUGGCUCAGAAUAUAUUUAGUAACCAUGUUAGUCACAUACACCAAACGAUAAACACCUUUGAUUUGGGCUGACUAGCUAGCACUUAGCAUCUUAAAUGCAAGAUUUAUUUACGGCCACCUGAGUGUUUCUCACAACUUACGUCUCUUGUUUUCCUUAGUAGUUUAUAGAUACAACUAGCAGCACUUGGGAAUCAUCUACAUUUUAAACAAAACAGAGGAUGGAAAUUUUUGUGGAAAUCUGCUCAUUAGAAGUAGUUGUGCUUACAACACAAUAGAAAUCAAAAACAUUUUGUUAAAUGUUAAGUCUCUCACUGCUGACAUAGAUCUCCCCCACCCUCCUGAUUUACAGAUUAAAAAUACCAGUUCUGAAGCAGAGACAGAAUAUUGGAUGGAUUAUGUUAAAGACAGGUAAGAUAUUUAUUAUUUCGUUUCAAAUAUUUUGUCCUGUCCUGUCCUGUAAAAUAUCCCACAGGAUUUCAGAUGCCAUCAUAAUUUGGGUAAUAUUAUGUGUCCUCUUCUUUGGUGGUACAGAAUGUUUUCCUUAUGUUACAGCGAAGCCAAAUUUUGAGCUCUUCUGCCCCCCACCCUUUGUAGGUUGGGCUGUGGCAUGGAGAAGCAAGCAUGGAGCUUUGCUGUACAAUCCUUUCCUGCUCCAGGAUAGGAAGAUGAGUUAGGUCCUGGGUGCCCAAGGUAAAAAGGUAAAGUUAAAGGACCCCUGGAUGGUUAAGUCCAGUCAAAGGUGACUAUGGGGUUGUGGCGCUCAUCUCGCUUUCAGGCCAAGGGAGCCGGCGUUUGUCCACAGACAGCUUUCUGGGUCAUGCGGCCAGGAUGACUAAACCGCUUCUUGCGCAAUGGGACACUGUGACGGAAGCCAGAGAGCACGGAAACGCCUUCCCGCCACAGUGGUACCUAUUUAUCUACACCCUUGUGCAAAUUAAUUGAAACAAAGCAUGUUUUCUGUCUUACUCGUAAUCCUGUACUCAAAACAAACACGAAAAGUCACUUGAUCAUUAUGGUGUCAGAAGCCUGCAGCCAAUGGAAGGAAUGAUGUGCUUGCCACAAUAUAUUGAGGUUCUACCAAAGAGAGUUAUUCCAGAGCUGGAGAAGAGGUAUCCUGACAGUACUGGGAUAUUGCAGCAGCACCUAGCCCCCUGUCACACAUCAAAAGUGGUGAAGAAAUUCAUGACAGAGCAGUACUUGAUUGGCCAGAGAAUUCCCCAGACAUAAAUCACAUUGAGAAUUUGUGGGCUAUAUGCAGAAGUCGCCUUCGUGCUGUAGACUGUAUGACUAUGGAAAAGCUCAUUCAGGCGCUGAUUCAAGUGUGGUACAGGGAUCCAAAAAUCAACAGUGACUGUUUGAAACUAGUAGACUCCAUGCCAAACCGUGUUCAAAUGCUGCUUAAAAAUAGCGGAGGUCAUAUCCGAUACUAAUGUAUGUAUAUGUGAGUUUUGUACACUAAACAACAUUGUUUCAAUUAAUGUGCACAAGGAUGUACUAGUACUGGUGUGCUUUUGAACCGCUAGGUUGGCAGGAGCUGGGACAGAGCAACGGGAGCUCAUCCUGUCGCGGGGAUUUGAACCACCGCCCUUCUGACCGGCAAGCCCAAGAGGCUCAGUGGUUUAGACCAAUACACACUCCCAAGCCUCAGAGCUUGAAAGGGGGCAGUGAUUGUCUUAGCAUUAUGUUUGGACUCAGGUUCACAGUUUGUCUUACUUCAGACAAACCAUGAGCAGUGAACCCAGAACAAACCUUUGGUGUAGCUUUGCAUGCAAGCUGAGUCACUGCAUUUCAUAUUGGCGUAGACACUGCUUUUAUGUUUUACCAACCAUCGCGUGACUUGCUUGAGACUUUUAACUAUUUGAAAGUAGCUUAUGGCUUAUUGCUACAGUUAAACAAAGACCCUUUACUUGGAUUUGGAUAUAAAAGUAAUGAGCCAAACUACCCAGUAUUUUUACUGGAAUAUUUUAUUUCUGUUUUAUAGUUCCUUGAAGCAAUUCGGUUAAAGAUUUCAUAUAAUGAAGCUUCUUCUUGAAAAACCAAAAACAUCACAAGAGAUAUUCAAUUGGGUCUGCGGUCACACGGCAAUUUUUUGGUCUUCCUGGCAUUUCCUGUUAUUUUCUGCAUUGCAUUUGAUCUUUCACACAAUGGAAAUCUGGCUGAAUUUAGCAUUAAUUGCUUUACAGAUAAAUUCUGUAUCCAACUCUUUUAGCUUGGAAAACCACAGGAAUCUGGCGUUUUAAUUUCAUGUGACAAAUUUUGGGGUGGUAUCCCAGCAUGCAGUCCUUUCCUGCCAUUUAAAAUUUAGUGUAACAUGGUGGUAUAUCAGUUUAGUGUAAUGUGGUAUAUCAAUCAAUUUAGUGUAACAUGGUGAUAUAUCGAUCAAAAAGCCGCCACUCCAAAAUGAAACAAGUACUUCAGUGUGAAAGGAACUUUUGAAAUCAGGAAAGAAAUGUUAUAUAUAAUAAGAAAAACUAACACAGUAAUCCCCUCAUCUGAAUUCGCACAGAAUGAUUGAAUCAAUGGACCUAAGUUAACUGAUUUUAGUAGGUCUGCUCUAAGUAUGAUGAAUGUUGUUUAUUGCUAGAUGCAGCUACUGAAAUAGUCCUAAAUGUGACUUGUUCUUAUCUAUCUCAUUUUCUUUACAUGUACCAAUAAAAUGUUUCAUCUGCGUCUAUGUGAUUUAUGGUCUCGCUUAAUACAUUUAGGGUUGUAGAAAGAGUGGUUUUCUUUUAUGAGAAAUUAGAAGUCGUCAGUGUGGUGUAAUAGAUAAAAUAUGAGUCUUGAAUCAAGAAUACUUGAGGUUGAAGGGAUGCGGGUGGCGCUGUGGUCUAAACCACUGAACCUCUUGGGCUUGCUGACCAGAAGGUUGGCGGUUUGAAUCCCUGCAAAGGGAUGAGCUUCCUUUGGUCUGUCCCAGCUCCUGCCAAUCUAGCAGUUCGAAAGCACGCCAGUGCAAGUAGAUAAAUAGUUACCGCUGUGGUGGGAAGGUAAACGGCAUUUCCAUGUGCUCUGGUUCCGUUGUACCAGAAGCAGUUUAGUCAGGCUGGCCACAUGACCUGGAAAGCUGUCUGUGAACAAAUGCUGGCUCCCAAUGAAGCUUACGACUCUGUCAGCCUAAGCAACCUUCUAGAGUUGUUAGGAUACGAUGAGAGCUCCUUGGACAAAGAGUGGGACAGAAACGUAGUAAACUUUGAAAUGGAGUUUUGAAUAUGCAAGGGCUUUCAAAACUCCAUUUCAGCGUUUUGAUACAUUUCCUGAAAAAUGCUGUUGGUGUUAAGGCUUAAGGAUGUUCAUAAUACUCCUUUCUAAUUUGUUUUUUUAAAAAUAUAAAUUGACUGGGAUCUGAUUUGGCAUGUUUGUGUUAUGUUUUCCACAUGGUUUUAAUUUACACACGCCCCAUUUAGUGACUGGAAUUGUGAUGGGUUAUACAAAUUAAAGGGGCGCGGGUGGCGCUGUGGGUUAAACCACAGAGCCUAGGACUUGCCGAUCAAAAGGUCGGCGGUUCAAAUCCCCGUGAUGGGGUGAGCUCCUGUUGCUCGGUCCCUGCUCCUGCCAACCUAGCAUUUCGGAAGCACAUCAAAGUGCAAGUAGAUAAAUAGGUACCGCUCUGGCGGGAAGGUAAAUGGCGUUUCCGUGCGCUGCUCUGGUUCGCCAGAAGCGGUUUAGUUAUGCUGGCCACAUGACCCGGAAACUGUACGCCGGCUCCCUCGGCCAAUAAAGUGAGAUGAGCGCCGUAACCCCAGAGUCGGUCACGACUGGACCUAAUGGUCAGGGGUCCCUUUACCUAUACAAAUUAAAACUAAACUAAAGGUGUUCAUAAUCAGAAUGUAUAUGAAUAUAUCUAUGCACCUGCUAGGGUCAGUCACCUGAAAAUGCAAUUACAACUUCUCAAAUUCAUUGGUAUUCAUCCAUAAUAUUCCAAAUAAAUUUCCCAUGUUUGAGGUUAGUGGUAGUAUAUUUUUCUGCCCUACAUGACUGAUCUUUGCUGUGAUUACUCACACUCAGGUCUGUGAAUGCAGUAAUCGAGUCACAGAUUGGAAAUUAUUUGGGUGCCUUGCAAGUGCGUAAUAUUUGUGAAUAUAGACUAUUUUGUGUAAAUCAUGCGUGUUUAACAAGAGAAGGAAGGGCAGCCUAAAGAUUAAUCCAAAGGAAUAAAGUGCUGAACUUCUAAAUGUCCUUUGAAGGUAAUUAAUACACAUGCUGUAUGAAACUUUGAGUUCUCCAUAGGAAUAACACUCUUCUCAUUUAUUUAAAGGCCUACGAAUGACUUGGGAUAUCCAAUGAAUUCUGGAAAAAUGCACAGCUUGGGCUGGAGACCUAAAGUACCUUGGAAUGAAGGAAUAAAGAAAACCAGUAUGUUGUAUUGAUACUAAAUCUGGAAUGAGAGUGGAAGGAAAGCAGGGCAGCACUGUUUUCAAAAAACCUGUUUUUUUAUAGGUUACUUAGGAGAGUAAGCUGUUUACUGAAUUAGCUAAAGCUAGAAUUUUUAAAGUAAAGGCUUUGAACCUCCCAUUGUAUUUUUGUUUGUUUAUACAGUCAUACCUUGGAUCCCAAACUCCGAACAAGUUGGAUCCUGAACGAUCGAAACCCGGAAGUGAGUGUUCUGGUUUUCGAACGUUCUUUUGGAAGCCAAAUGUCCGACAGGGCUUCUGCGGCUUCUGAUUGGCUGCAGGAGUUUCCUACAGCCAAUGAGAAGCCACGCUUUGGUUUCCAAACGUUUUGGAAGUCGAACGGACUUCCGGAAUGGAUUCCGUUCGACUUCCAAGGUAUGGCUGUAAUGGUAAGAGAGGAAAUUAAUGUUGCUUCUGUGAGCUUGAGAGUAGGCACUGUGUGUUGGGGUGGGGGAAGCAGUAAGAAAUAUGAGAAUAAAAAUUAUCUGCAUCCAGGCAACUGUUAGACUAGACCACAUAAGCACUUUUCACAUACAUCAAUUACGUUUGGACGUGGUACAUGCUUGGUUGCCGUUGGUGCUUUUUUUUUCUAAAAAAAAGGUUUAGGGGUACUCUCAUUUUCCUACCCAUAUUGAAAUACUGCCCCUCAAUGAGGCCAAACUUAGAUUUAUAAAAUGUUUAGGGGUAUUUGUACCCCUGCCCCCCAAAAAAGCACUAGUUUCCACCAUUAGCUUAAGUGCCCAAUUAAGUUCCUAGGCUGCUCUUGAAACUUGGCAAAGGACUGCAGACCUCGACUUAAACUUCCAUAAGACAAAUAUUUGUUCACAAGCUAACCUGGAAUUCAGGGCCUUCUGUAUGUGAGCAAAAGGCAACUCUGCUCGUGCAAGUAUUGCCUGAAUUUCACCAACUUGUGCUAAAACCCUGUGGACCUUGAGGAGUGGGGGUGCCUUCUCAAGAGACACAAGGGCCUGUAGAGGAAGAUAGGAUGGCUUGUUGUGAGAGCAGAGUUCUGCGUACCUUGUCUCUGGUUCCAACCAGAGAAACAAGUCUGUAUAUGCUGUGAGAUGAAAUUGACUUCCUUUAGGGGCGAUCAAAUGCCCUUAUUAAUCCUAAAUGUCUGGCAUUGUUACUCUGCUGUUAACAACAUUUCAACCAUCAUAAACCAAAACUUUUUAUUUGUGCUUUUUGGUUCCUGAAUCCUUGAAAUGUGCUGCCAAAAAAAUCAUGAGACAGAAACCUUCUUCAAACUGAAAAAUACACUGUCUUGAUUAUAACUAGUACCCUGUAAUCUGUCACCCUCUGCACUUAAUGAUUUUGUGUGUGUUUUUGUAGCCUGCAUGGAAUAGCACAGUAAGAUUGCUUAUUACAUAUUCAUGCUUUGAAAUCUUCCUUUUCUUGUGCUAGUUGAAUGGUAUCAAGAAAACUUCCACAACUGGAAGAACGCGGAGAAAGCUUUGGAGCCUUUUCCUGUUGCUGAAGAAUCGGUAUGAUUUAGUCUGCGGCAAAGUUGUGAAGAAAAAUAAUAACGAAGGAAAACAUUCUACCUCAAGAUCAUCGCAUUAAUGAAAAACUGUACUCAAGCAGCAAAAUGGGAUUGUAUUCAUGGAAUGUCAACUAUCAAUAAUAUCAAGAAAGACAAUGGAGUACAAUGGGCUGUAAGGGCUAACGCCUUUUAAUCAGCAUUCCAGUGCAAUAUUGAAGCUUUAAUAUUUUUCUAUAAAAAUAAUAAUUGAAUUGGAGCAAUUUUUAUUAAAUAAUGCACUUUUUAAUACAUAUAGCUGUUUUUCAUUUUAAUUAUUUAUUAAUGUAUUGUAUUGACAGGGUUAUAGUUUUUUACAACCUAGGCAGCAGAUUUUGGUUCAGGAGUAUUUUCUGCUUUUUGUAGUUGUAUCUUCCUGUCCCAGAAGUCUAUGCUUGAUCACGUGCUUGUUUUAAAAUACUGUCAUAUCAUGUAUCCUCAAUGAUCUGGUAAGGAAAUCUGUCUCCCAUUGCUCUACAGAAGUUGAGCUUUGUAGACAACCAAAGACUUCUCUGAACUCAAGAAUACAGUAUAGAAACCUGAGAGUGCCCUCAUGCCAAAUAUUUAUCAUUUCUAAUAGCUUCUUUCAAAUUUAUUUUGAAGAAUAACAGUGCUUCCAAAUUUAAUUUGUCUUUCUUGUUGCCUAAAAGUAUUUUAACUCUAUGAACAUGUGAAAUUAUGUGAACAAUAUUAAAAUGUAAGACCAUGUUAAAUGU